UGACACGCUCACCACGGAAAUAGUGUAUAAAAUUAAUAAUCAGCCAUACUGCUUGCUCUCUGACUUUCUUUCUCGGUCAGGUGUAGUCGGUCACCGUUUCGGCUCUUCGUCUACCACUUGAAGUGCCAACAUGUCCACUGAAAAAUGUUUCGCUAAUGGUAGUGCCGCACCUGGUCCAGUGCCCAAAGGCCACAUUAGACUGUACAGCAUGAGGUUCUGCCCUUUUGCCCAGAGGACCAGAUUAGUGUUGAAUGCCAAAGGAAUCACAUAUGACACCGUCAACAUCCACCUGAAAGACAAACCAGACUGGUUUCUUGAGAAGAAUCCUCUUGGUCUUGUCCCAACGCUUGAGACACCUGCUGGUGAGGUGAUAUACGAGUCACCCAUCACCUGUGAAUACCUGGAUGAAGUUUACCCUGAAAAGAAGCUGCUUCCCUCCUCUCCCUUUGCUAAGGCUCAGCAAAAGAUGAUGCUGGAGCACUUUUCCAAAGUGACACCAUACUUCUACAAGAUCCCAAUGGGUAGAAGGAAUGGAGAGGAUGUCUCUGGACUGGAAGCUGAACUGAAAGAAAAAUUAGCCAAAUUAAGUAAGGACCUUGCUAAUAAGAAGACCAAGUUCUUUGGCGGUGAUUCCAUAACAAUGAUUGACUACAUGAUGUGGCCUUGGUUUGAGAGGCUGGUGACCUUUGAGUUGCAACACUGUCUGGAUGGUACACCUGAGCUGAAGAAGUGGACAGAGCGCAUGCGGGAGGAUCCAGCUGUUAAAGCCACCAUGUACAGCACAGACACCUACAAGGCCUUCUACAAGACCUAUGUUGAUGGGAAACCUGACUAUGACUAUGGCCUGUAGAAAAUUAGCAGUGAGACCACUGAACAAAACUCUCAGCCGUCCUUUUAUAUGUCCGAUGAGUCAGGUCUGUAUCAAAAUACUGAUGUGGCACGUGUAAAGGGAAACAUCUGAAGAACAAAUGUGAAUAACUUUUUCAAUUAAAUAUCCAUGAAAUGAU